AGCGUGGGUUUUGAUUCUCUAAGAGGGUUCGAAUUAGCCAUGAACCGAUGAAACCGUUUGCUCCUGUUACGCACACAACUUCUUCGUUGUUUUGGUUAGCCAUGUUUGCUUUCUUUCUAUCUCUGCUUCUCACCGUCUUUGUGCCGUAGUAAACUUGGAAGUUGUAACUACAAGCAGUAGCAGUAGUGGUGUGUUGCCAAAACAAAGGUUUGAGACCCUCUUCAAUUCACAAUCGAAAUGGACAAGGUUGUGGAGGAAGUUGAAAAGGUGAAAAGGGAAUGGAACGAAGCAUACGUCAAAACACAAAACCACAUUAACGAGAUUGGAGAGUACGGUAAGUCAGGAAGAUCCAAAGAAGAUGAAAAGAAUUCACUUGCUAGAUUGAACGGUAUUGCUCAAGAUGGUUUAGCACUUCUUUCUUCUUUGCAUUUCAACCUCGAUCUUCUCGCUCCUCAGUUGCCUACUCAACAACAAGUUGAAUCUGCUCGUGAAUUGUUUCAAUCUUGGAAAACCCUAACUCAAAAUUUGCGGUUAAGUUUGAGGAAUGCUAAUCUACAAGCCAAGGCUAACUUGAGGAAAGCUGCUCAGGAGGAGAGAGAACUACUUCUAGGCGGUGGAGAGGAGUCCACAGUUCGCAGACGCAAUUUGCAGACUAAAGCUGGAAUGACAUCUGCAGCAGAGAGCAUCACAGAAAGCCUCCGCCGUACUCGUCAGUUGAUGGUUCAGGAAGUUGAAAGAAACACAAGCACACUUAUGACUCUUGAUGAAUCAACUGGAGUGUUAAAAAAGGCUGAAAGUGAAUAUAAAGGGCACCGGUCAUUGUUGAUGAGAACUAGAAAUCUUCUCUCCACAAUGCAGCGUCAAGAUAUCAUAGACAGGGUGAUACUUGGGGUUGGCUUUUUCUUGUUCUCCCUUGCUGUUCUUUAUGUUGUUUCCAAGCGUGUUGGAAUACUUACAUUGCAGAGAAAGGUUACUGAGGCCAUAAAGGCCGGCGUGGUGGGGCAGGCAGGGCUAAGACCCCAAGCUGUUGCACAUGACAUAAAUCUACAUCAAGUUAGAGUUGAUCGUGUUCAUAAUAUAGAGGCUCCUUUAGAACAACAAAUACAUGAUGAACUUUGAUACAUUACCAAGAAACGGUGUAUUGUUGUCCACGUUUAUAAAUUAAGAGAGAUCAUAUACGUUCAUACACAACUUUAGGAUCUUCCUACUGAAAAAGUAUUUACCAUCUUGAGAGAGUUGAAAAACCAUGUAAUAUCUUUUUACUUAGAAGGUAAUUAGGAGGGUUGUUUAGCUGUUUUGUUUUAUAUUGAUGUCGAUUUUGAACCCUUUUGUUCAUGUAGUUAUAUUAGUCUGGUCUAGAGGUCUUUCAGCGUGAGCAGAAGAGAUCUCAUACUUGUUGACAUAGUGGAAAUGUUUAUACCAGAAACUAUUUGCAAUAACGUGUUGCUUCUGGGCUUCUAGCUACU